AUGAAGACUGACUUGAAUUUGCUUCUGGGAUGUCUUAAGUAUCAAAUGGAUUCCCCAGCAUCCCAAAAACAAGCCCUGGUCACCAUCUGUUCCAUCUGUCAACAAAACGGUGAUAUCAGUGAUUACUUUCGGGAGAUCGGUGGCCUGCUGUUUGUUUAUAACCUCGCCCAGUCCAGUCAGCAUUCUGAAGUGAAGGAGACAGCCCUCUUCACGUUAGGAGCGUUAGCUGAGAGUAAUAUCUUUUGCCAGCAGGUAUUGUGCAGUUCAGAAUUGUUUACAGAAGUAGGCAUGUCACUUUCACAGAAUUCGCCAUUGAAUUUGAAAAGGGUGGCAGUGUAUGUGGUGUUGGUACUGGUCUCCAAUAACAAAUAUGGACAAUCACUUGUUAAAACAACAGGGUGCAUUGAUAUUCUUCUUGACUUACUCAGAACCAGUUUUCCAUUCUCAGAUGAGAACAGGAGAAAUGAAAAUAUUACCCAGGGCUAUCAGCUGUGGUCAUCUGUCUCAAGUGCUCUUUGUGCGUGUGUCAACAACCCCCAAAAUGAAGAGAAUCAACGGAUAUGCACAACUGCCUUUCCAUUUUUAAAAGAAUGGCUGCAGAAAUGCAUUCGGAAAGAAAUAACACAGCCUAUUUGUUCAUUUGUCGGACUGACAGUUGCAAAUAAUUCCUAUUCUCAGGACUGCUUUGCUACAGUCUGUGGUUUGGAUACCCUGGCUCAGGUUUUUGUUAAACUGGUUGAUGAAUCCAGCAGAAACCCGUUGUCUGUCGAGCUUGCAGUGGUGGUGACAAAGACCCUGUGUGCCUGUAUUGCUGAUAAUGUUCCCCUCGCAACUGGUCUCUGGAAAUAUCAUAUUGUUCCAAAGCUUCUGACAUUGCUGUCAUGCAGUUGGCUGGAUUCAGGUGGCAGGUUAUGCAUCAUACUCGCUAUAGGAUAUUGCACAGAGGCCUGUGAGACGCACCAGUUUCAAUUACUAGAGAAUGGUGGUCUUCCACAGAUGAUUCAGUUUCUCUCACAAUCUCCAGAUGAAGAAUUAAACAAAGCUGCCACUUUUGUGCUACAAAGCUGCAAACAAAUCACUGAAAAACUGUCACUUGGUCUGAGUGACCAUUCAAGGGAUAAGAGAAAUACACCCACAACGCAAGGCACAUCCCACACUAAUUUGGAAAGCUACUGGAGGUCAGCAAAAGAAAUGCUAAAGAAAAUUGAUUUGAUAGAGAAGCAGCAUACUAAGGAAAUGUACAGAAGCUUUGAAGAAGAACCUAGUAAUACAAGAGAGAGUUUUCAAGCAGAUGCCCACAGCAGGGCCAAUUCCUUUGUAAACAAAAGACUGACCCAAAUGAUGGAAGGGAUAAGGAAGGACUUCUCUAAAAGUUCUUGUGGCGAGUCCUCUGAUGAGCCACCUGUCAGAAAGGUAAAAGGAGGGGGAGCUAAGAGAGACCUUCUGUUUCAGGUUGACAGAACAAGGAUAGCGAAUGCAGAACACACCCCAAGUCAAGCUAUAUUGGAAGACAAAGGGACGUUUCGGGGAAGCAGGAGAGAGACUGAUGAACAGACAGACAGAACCAGAUACGAUGCCCUUGCGGACCGAGUAAAGAGGCAAAUAUUCAGUGUUAACAAUGAACUCCAAGGCACAAUUGAACAACAUGCAGUACCUGUGCAGCAGCAGCAAGCAAAGACUGCACACACCAGAGGAGUGAAUGAUGAGCCAUGUGCUGGAGCUGCCUGCCUUAGAGAGCCUGCAGGUCAUCAGGGUACCACGCAUAACACCUUGAAGAGAAGCAGGAACCCUUCCAUUUCACUGCCUGCAGCAGGCCGGUCUUGGAGCCUGUCUUCGGAAAGAGCCAAGGGAAAGAGAGCGAAUGAUGGAGAAUUGAGCCUCCCUGAUACAGUAGCAGAAAGGCCAGUUGUUUUCAAAUGUCCAGCCCCAGUUAACACGAACAAGAAAAAACAGGCUCAUUUAGCUGCAUCUAAAAGAGAUGACAUGGCAGUGUGUUCCGAGAUCCUUGAUUAUGAAAUCAACAACAUCCUGAACACGCCGGCUUCAUCAGUUAAACAAAAGGCCUUUAGGUGUUCAGGAUGUGUGACAGGUGUGUCCCCUGUGAACAGUAGGAAUUUGUGCCAUAUCCUCCGUUCUUGCCCUUACAAAUGUGACAGGCACAGGGUACUCCUGGAAACCGAGGACAGGUAUAAAAUGGAGGUUAUGAAGUCCCUAAAUUAUAAGAGAAACAGCCUGGCUUUCAGCAGAAGUAGGAAUUUAGAUAUCCUGCUGACGCCAGUACGAAAAGGAUCGUUGUUCAAGAAUUCCACUAGCCGCACAUACGAUUCAUACCAAAGAGCUGAGAGAUUUAUUUUGACUCCAGUAAGGAAACCUCAGAUUAGCAAAUUGGAGGUACCUAGCAGAUCACAGAAUGGCAUUUCAUCACCUUUGAAACCUACAGCAGCAACUCCCAAGUCAAGUGGUGUAUGUCGCAGGACAGACCACAGGGACUGCUCAAGCGUUGAUAAUUACCAAGAAAGAGAAGAGGCAGAAAAAAAAGAUGUUUUCUCCUUUAAUGAUGCUGAAGACUCAGAACCAGAAACCAAAGAGGAGAGAAAGGAAAGGAAAACUCAGAACCAGAAACCAAAGAGGAGAGAAAGGAAAGACUUCAGCAGGGAGGAAGUGGAGUAUCUGCUCGACGGAGUGAAGAAACUUGGCACUUGCUGGAAUUCAAUCUUGUGGUCUUACCCCUUUCAAACGGGAAGAACCAAUGUAGACUUGGCAAAAAAGUACAGAAAACUUGCAGGUGCUUCACAAUUCUUUAAAAAAUAAAGCAUUUUAUAGUUAGAUGUCAAGGGUAUUGGUGUUUUACAAUCCUGUAGGUACAUUUCUCUCAGUAUUGUGCAUUCUACAUGUGCUUUUUCAUCAUUUUUAUAAAGUAUAGGAACAACCCUGCAACACUGAGAUGACAUUUUAACCUUAUUUUUUGCAAGAGCUCCAAGCCUGACAUACCAACUCUGGCAGAGUUUUUGUUUUUACUUUCUAUAUAGUUUGACUCAAUACUGUACUUAGCUAGAAUAAGCCACUUGUUAAUGGAAAUCUAUUCUUGAUUCCAAUGUUCAUUUAAAUACUAUGCUACCCUGCUGUUUUUUUUUUUUUUAUAUUGCAGAAGUGGAACUUUGCAUUGUGUAAUUUAGCCACAGAUACAUAAGUUUCUCAUUCCCUGUAAAAAUGUGUAAACUAUAUAAAAAAAGUUACAUGUCAG